AUUUUUAUGGGAUUGUAGCUGCACGAACAUCGCAUGGCCUAACUGAACUUCCAACCAGAUCGAUCAGCUAGGCACUCUGUUGUAGGUGGUCAACGGCCAACCAGCUUCGUGCAACAAGCAGCAGCAGCUAGGAGGCGAGUAGGAGGCCUCACUCUCGAGCACGCCCUUCUCCUGACAGGUCCCCUACAAACCCCUACCUAAAACCUCGCCGCGGCGUCCUAUACAUACGGCCUCCGGAGGCUCUCCGGCCAAGAAACCAACCCACACAGAGAGUCCGGCAAUGGCCCACCACCACCGUCGCUGCCGCCCCGUCAUGACCGUCGCUGCGGCGCUCUGCCUCGUCGUCCUCACGCUCGGCGGGAGGUGCGGGGCCGCGGCGAGGCCGCUGAGGCGCCUGCACGCGGCGGAGGGGAGCACGGAGCCGGCGUUGGCGUCGGAGGCGGCAGAGGCGGUGCUCGACGUGGCGGCAGCGGAGGCGCCGGAGGCCGCCGCCAUGUUGGCCGCAGGAGGCGGCGGCGAGGGCCAGGGCGGCCUCGGCGAGGGAAAGUGGCUCCCGCUGCCGAUGCCGAUGCCGAUGUCCAUGCCGGCGGCGAGCGCGCUGGCGGGCGGGCUGCGGUUCCCGCCGCUGCCGGUGUCGUUCCCGCUGGCCGGCGCGUCCAUGCCGUGGCUCCCCGGCGCGCCGCCCGCGUUCGCGGGGGUGCCGGCGCUCGUGCCCCCCUACGUGGGCGCCACGCGGCAGGAGCAGCUCAGCCUGUGGGCGUCGCUGUUCAACCCGUUCCAGGUCAGGCCGAGGCUGCCGGGCGCCCUCGGCGGCGAGACGACGACCGCGGGCGCCGUCGAGCGCGGCGGCCCGGCCAUCGCCGGCGCCGGGAAGGCCGCCGAGGGGGAGACCAUGGACGUGCCCGCCGCCGGCGCCGUCCAGGUCCCCGAGCCCAAGUGGGGUGUCUUCCUGGGCAACAUCGAUCGCCGCAACUAGCCAUGUGGCGAGAUAAGCCAACUAGCUUAGUAUAGAUGAAAACUGGAAGGCUUUUUGAAAAAUCAAACUAUACAUUCUUCUUUUUGGAAAAUGUUAGUAGCACACUGAACUUUUUGCAAGUUUGAGCAAAAUGUUUGUAUCAAGGACCAGUCAAGAGUUAAGAGGAAGCUUGUUUGCAUAUUCAUUUCCUCAAUGUUUUAUAAACUUGGUAUGCCUGAAUGCAGCUUCAAAUGGUUAGGUCGUCUGUGCUUUCCAAGCAAUUCAGCAGCAAAAGAAUUGACAUCA